GAAGCAUCCAGCGCGCCGCGUGUUGCCUUUGUCGGCCCCUCUCGGAGAGGAAAAGCUACAGACCCUCAUCCAGCUCUUUCUAGAUGAGGAUAGCCAAAACUAAAAACGAUUAUCGAGACAGCAAAGCACCCUAGACUUCGGCUCAGCGACGUGGGUGUGUUGCGUCAUCAUCACUCCAGAACCCACCGACCCACUUCUGCAAUCUGGCUUGCUUUCUUCCCCACUAUAAUUGCCAAUUCCAAUUCCAAGACGCCCGUGCCUUGAUUCUUGAGAAAUGACAGCCCUGCCGACAGGCCACCAGCUAUUGACGGCCAGCCGCUCCCCCCACGGGAGCUAGCAACUGACUUGAUCAGCGCGCCCAUGUGAUGGCCCAGCUUUGAUGCCGAGACCCCAGCGGCAGAUGGGGAGGAUCUCGAGGGUCACACACGAUCUGGCAAAGCCCGCGAGCGACAGCGGCACACCAGCAUUGGGCACUUCCUACCCUGACUGCAACGCUCCCCCCACCGCGGGGACCACUGUCAGGACCCAUGCAGUAAGGGUUAGCGAGCUGCCAGUGCCGCAGCCCUGCUGCUGUCGAUAUUGAUCCUCGCCCAGGCGCGCACACGGCCCCCUCUGUGCGCUUCGGCAAACAGGCGGUCUGCCCGUCGUGAUGGGCUGUAAUGCUACAAUGCUACGGCCAAGACAACAAAACCAAACGACGCUGAUCGCAACCUGCGGCGCCCCGCCAGCAACAGGCGAGUACGGCAGAGCGAGGAUCUUGAUUUCGCUAUGAACUAAAUUGUUCACGUGGGCCACCACCCGUGGGUGUUGUUGUCCCCACCCACCGCCACGCCGGAGCGAGCAAGGGGCGCCUCGUGAGCACGGGCUGAGGUUGGUGAACCAGCACGUCACCCGCGUCAUUCGAGACGGCGCAGCUGCUUGCUGCGUGUCUUAAAAGGCAGAUAAGCCUGCCCCCUCUCUAGUGUCUGAGUCUGUGUGUCCUGUGUGCGUGUGUGUGGUCGAGUAGCGCUGCUGUCGUGCCGCGAGAGUCGUAGCAAAUACUAGUUUCCUACCCGUCGUACACCCCCCUAGCGCCCCUCAUGCGAG